ACUUCAGCAGCGCACCGACUCCCAGUGUGCACAUCGGCCUUGAUCUGAUUGGUCGGUCUGGUUCGGACAGGAAGUUAUGAUUGAAGGUGGGAAAUUUGAUCGUUGGGCUCGAGCUGAUUUUGAAAAUAAGGCGAGCGCGCGGAGCGGGACCGAGCUGGCGGUGGGAGACCUCGGCAAAGGUGCAGAUUGACGCUCUACUAUGGCUGUUGAUUACGAAGAGCUGCUUAAACACUAUGAAUUACAGGAAACUAUUGGUGCAGGGGGCUUUGCUAAAGUAAAGCUGGCUUGUCACAUACUGACAAGGGAAAAAGUUGCUGUGAAGAUAAUGGACAAAGAAUCACUUGGGGAAGACCUGCCUCGUGUUCAAACAGAAAUUGAAGCGAUGAAGAAUUUAAGUCACCAGCACAUUUGUCGUUUGUAUCAUGUAAUUGAGACGCUGAAUAAAAUCUUCAUCAUUAUGGAGUACUGCCCUGGUGGAGAAUUGUUUGACUACAUUAUCGCAAAAGACCGUUUAUCAGAAGAGGAAGCUCGAAUUUUUUUCCGACAGAUUGUAUCAGCUGUAGCUUAUGUUCAUAGUGAGGGCUAUGCUCAUCGAGACCUUAAACCAGAAAAUCUACUAAUUGAUGAAGAUCGUAAUUUGAAGCUGAUUGAUUUUGGCCUAUGUGCAAAACCCAAGGGUGGUUUAAAUUAUCAGUUAACAACUUGCUGUGGUAGCCCUGCCUAUGCAGCACCUGAACUUAUUCAAGGGAAAGCUUAUAUUGGAUCUGAGGCAGACAUCUGGAGCAUGGGGGUCCUCUUGUAUGCACUUCUAUGUGGAUUUCUCCCAUUUGACGAUGAUAAUAUGAUGACUCUAUACAGGAAAAUAAUGAGAGGAAAAUUUAGCAUACCUAAAUGGCUCUCACCUACAAGUAUACUGAUAUUGAAUCAAAUGUUGCAGGUGGAUCCAAAGAAGAGGAUCACUGUAAAACAUCUUCUAAACCACCCUUGGUUAGUGCAAGAUUACAGCUGUCCAGUUGACUGGCAUACCAGAUAUCCAAUUGACCAUCUCGAUGAGGACUGCAUUACAGAGCUUUCAGUGUUUUUCAAAUGCUCCAAAAAGAGCAUGUCUAGUUUGGUGUCAGAGUGGAAAUACGAUAGAUUAACUGCAGCUUAUCUACUGCUGUUGCACAAGAAAAGCCAUGGAAAGCCAGUCCGUUUACUCGCUUGUGCUGAGAAGCAAUUAGUGUCAACACCUCUAGCAGAAUUGAAGUCAAAGGGGAAUAUAAACUUCGAAGAUUUGGAAGAUGAUCAUCCCUGUAUGUGUGGAUCACUGGACUUUAUAGACAAGUGCAUCUUCCCAGAAAGCUCUCCUUUUACAGACAUAUCCCAAGUUGUAAAGCGAGUACUUAAAGAUUCUUCAGAGGAUAAUUUACAGCCUUCGGUUAAACAAAAGCUUGCUUCAAGGAAAUCUGGAAACAAAGAAAAUAUAAAGCGAAUAAAAGUGAAUAUGAAUACCAAUGAUGACUUUGUGCAGCCUGAAGCCAAAACACCAGUUGUUCAGAAAAGCCAUGAAAAGAAAAGCAUGGUUACUCCCAGAAAAAAUGAAGACGUUCUUUAUAAAGCUGUGGUCAACUGUUACAAAGAGACAUCUAUAAACCAGGAUUCAAACCAAGAUGUUCCACAAGAGCAUACAGCUGCAGCAUUUAGUCCAGAAAGACGGACUCGUUCAUUGGAUAUGGAGUUACAUCAGGGUAAUGGUGAAAGCAGCCAAAAGAAGAAAGGAGGCAAGAUGUUUGGAAGCUUAGAGCGGGGGUUGGACAAGAUGAUCACAAUGCUAACUCCUAGCAAACGGAAAAGGCCCUUUAAAGAUGGACCAAGGAGGAUCAAGGCACAAUAUAAUGUGACAACAACCACCAUGAUGAAUGCAGAUGAAGUUUUGAAUGAGAUAAUUCAGAUUUUACCUAUCAAGCAUGUAGACUUUGUGCAAAAGGGCUAUACUUUAAAAUGCCGGACUAGGUCAGACUUUGGAAAGGUCACCAUGCAGUUCGAACUGGAGAUAUGUCAGCUCAGCAAGCCUGAAGUGAUUGGUAUCAGAAGACAGCGACUAAAGGGUGAUGCCUGGGUUUACAAACGCUUAGUUGAAGAUAUUUUAUCCAGUUCCAACAUCUAAUUAGUGUUUACAUGAGAAAUUUAAAUUGAUUUAAAUCUUUUUUUUAAAUCUUCAAUAGUUAUUAAAGGAGUACUGUUAUUAUGGAAUUCUUCUGUAGCAUUUACUAUUUUACCUGUGCCUUCACUGAUUUUUUUUUUUCUCAGUUUAAUUUAACCUAGCUGAAUCAGUAUACACUGACCACAACAAAACAAAAUGAUGUUUUGGAAAUGUGUGCAGGUAGAUGACAUCUUCUUUUAGUGAUUCCCUUUUUUUAAAUAAUACUAAUUAUAUCUUUACAUCAAUGUUGGGUCACUAUCAGCUGAGAGGGUCCCUAAAAUACAAAAUUAUGGAGGUUGAGGAAGGAUGUACUGGGCAUUAGCCUAAGUACUGGGAUGUUUGUGUUCCUAGCUAUGUAAACCUAAGAAAUUGUACUAAAAUGUGAUCUUCCUAACUUGAAUUAGCCAUGAGUGAGUGAAUUUUAAAAAAUCAUUUGUAUGCCAAAAUAGGAAUAUUUAUAUAUGGAACUGUCAAACAUCAUCAUAGAAGUUUGAAAUGGAAUGGUCCAUUCAAUUUUAAAUUGCUAUUGCUAAUAUUAAGUUAAACCUCAUGACCUAAAAAUUGAGGUAUAAUUAAUACACACAAAGAAACUCAUGAAUAAAUUGUACAACAUAGCUCUGUAAUAGUUGUUUAUAUUAACUUCUACACUUUAUUUUCUGUAUAUUUUUAUAAUCAUGUAAUUUGUAAAUAGUGCAUCUUUUUCUCUGUGUGAGUGAGCUAUGCUGUCAUUCCUUAAUAAACUUGUAAAUUUUCUUCUU